AUGGAUACUCCAGGAAAAGUAAUGGAGACAGAAGAAAGGGAGGAUGUUUCACAAAAACCCACAGUGAAUAAAAAGGCCAAGGCGGAGGAGGAUGUGCCCUCUGGCCACACCUGUGGGGUGUGUGGACGCAGCUUUCCUCUUCUCAGCUCUCUGUCGCAGCACAUGAGAAGACACACACGGGAGAAGCCGUACAAGUGUCCCUACUGUGAGCACAAGACGGCUCAGAAGGGCAGCCUGAAGGCCCACAUUCGAAGCCAUAAACUUGGCCUGUUCAGCCAUAAACUCACUGUUGAAAAAGAGGGGGGUGGAGAUCAGGAAGUGAACGCCGAGACACCUGAUCCUCCUGAGAUUAUCAGCACAUCAGACAAAGCUCACAAUGUCAAUGGGAAAGUAAAGAAGAAAGGAACCAAGAAAAAAGUCAAGGCUAAGACUGGCGUUGAGGUCGGUGAUGGAGAUGAUGACGGGUCCUGUACCUGCACCAUCUGUGGCCAGACCUUCCCUCAGAUACUCCUCCUCAAAUCCCACAUGAAAAGGCACCGCAGCGCUCAGGAUCACGGUUGCCGGAUUUGUGGACGCCGUUUCCGCCAAGCAUGGUUCCUCCAAAGUCACAUGCGCAUUCACCGGGUCAAAGCCCAGCUAAGUGGCGGGAAAAGUAACGAGCUGCCUGCCACCAUCAAUGGAGUUCCUCAGGACCUAGCAUCGCUGACAAAUGAAGAGUGCCUCUAUGAGCUCUGUGCAGGCUGUGGUAACUUCUUCUUUGACCGCAAGACAUUAAGAAUACAUGAAAAGCUACAUAAGCCGAACCACAUCCGCUCCCUGACACAAAAUCCUCCACAGGAAGAAGUUGAAACCUCUGAGCCGGACACUGCUAAGAGGCAUUUUAUGGAAAGCCUGAACCUCACAUGUGCAGGACCAAAGGAAACGUCUGAGGAAAAGAGCCUGGGCAGUCGACUUCCUGAGCUGGAUCCAGUUUGUAGUUACCAAGCGUGGCAGUUGGCCACAAGGGGACGACUAGUGGAGUCCACGGAUAAAUCUCUGGGAUGGCAGGAGAGGCUUGCAGAUGCUGAGGUGGCGUAUGACACAGAAAAAGGAGAGUAUGUACCACGGAAACAAGAGAAGAAGAGGAAGCAAAUCGACAACUCCAGCACCAACACGAAGAAGAUAAAGGGUGAGACAGGCCUUGAUCACACAUCAAACAGCUUGGCUCACACUAAAGGUGGUGACAAGAGGAUUUUGCAGAAAGACCGUAUUCUGUUGAACGGACUGGGUCACGCGUUUUACGAGGCGCUGCAGACUAAGAAAGUAAAAGAUGUUCACCUCACACAUAAACAGACCAACAGGAGCCAAGACCAUGAGGAUAAGAAGACAUACUUCUGCGAGCACUGUGAUUUCCACACUGCCGACACCUCACUACUCAGGUCUCACGUGCACAUGCAGCACCAGGACUUCCCGGGUCCCUACAGCAAACACAGCACCAUUUUGGACAACGUUACCCAGAGUGGUUCCAAAGCCUCAAGAUACAUGGACUACCUCAGAAACAGGAGUGUGCUGCUCAGUCAGCCAUACUGGAAUCCUUAUACAUGUCCGCCCACCCCGUUGUCAGCAGAGUCCAAUAUUAAAACAGAAAAGUCAAACAGUACUAUAGUCAAAGGAAAGGGACAUGCCUCUAAUGAUGCUGGAAGUCUCCUUAAUCUGUCUUCAUUACCCAUAAGUGAAGGGGGUGGCAUCGUAGAUUAUCCGAUAAAAACGGAGGGCCUGGUGAGACAUCAGUGCCCGUACUGCUCCCACACCACCAAUUACCCAGAAGUCCUGUGGAUCCACCAGCGAGUCGCACACAGGGUGGAUAACAGCAGCUCCAUGGCACCCAAGUGGGCUCCCUGCAGUAACAUCCCCAAGAGUUUGAAGGCAGGCACUUCCCAGUGGAGACGCACAGGGGCUCCACCGUUCCUCGAAGGCAAGGACUGUCCUGCUUUACCUGCUCCAAGAACUCAGCGCACACAAGCUCCAGGUUUGACAGCCAAUAGCAGCAGCAGCAGUAGCAGCAGCAGCAGCAGCAAGCACUCAGCACCCAAAACCCAAUCAGGCGUCCCAAAGUCCAAGCAUCAGUCUAAGGACUCUGCAAAUGGGACACAGCCUAGUGGGAGGGCAGGACUCUUACCUCAAAAGAAGUCAGGUGAACAUAAGCGGGCAGAGAAGGGGGGAAGUAAGAGCUCCAGCAGCCAAGCUACUUCAUCUAGCAGUACUGUAAAGAGCGCCACAAGUGUCCAUCCGACCAGCAGCCCCAAACACGGAAGCCACAGAGAGGCAGUGGAAGGAAACUUCCCACAGGAGGGUCUGGGUUUCAUGUUGGCCAGAAAUCAUGGCGGGAAUUCAUCCACUGCAGAAAGACCCCUUCCUCGCAGGCAGUCAUGUGACUCGUCUUCAGGUCCAAAGGGUCCUGAUCUGUGGGCUGCCAUGAACAUGUGGGGUAACAAAGCUUAUUUAGAACCUCUCCGUUAUGCUCAGGUAAAGAAUGAAUCAACAGGGGAAAGGCCAAUGGACAUUGAUAUUUUGAGUCUCCUGAAAAACUACAGUCCCCACGACCUGGCUGCUCUCUACCAGCACUGGGGGUUUGUUGACCCCAGGAUUGAUCCACAAGCAAUGUUGCAGUUAAAUGGGAAUUAUGGAAAAGAAGUCCACUCCGCAUCUGAAGCUCCCAAACAAGUGAACAGCCGCUCCACUUCCUCCUCAGGGUCUCUCCAUAAAGGAACGUGAGGAUCCAUCGUGUUCCCGUCGGCUCCCAGCCCGCACGAUGCUGCUGAACAAAGAGGCCUGCUGUCUUUAGAGGAACCAGCCAUA